UUUGAGGAUGACGCGCGCGGUGAGUGCUUUAAUUGAGCUCGUUCGGUCAUUAAGCUUCACAUCUCCGGGCUAAUCGUCGACUGUUCCGCAGCAGUUCUCUUUCUCUCUCUCUCACAAAAACCCCAGAGAAAUAAUGACCAAGCUCUUCUCGCUCCUCCUCGUUAUCUCUUUCCUCUCCCUCUUCUCAUCCGCCGCCACCUCCUCAUCAUCGAGGCCCCCUCCAAAAUUUCUCGGCUCCGCCUUCGCCCGAUCAAAGCCCAACCGAAACUCUCCUCCCCCCUACCGAUACGAAACCCGAUACUUCCGCCAGAACCUCGACCACUUCAGCUUCGCCCCUCUCCCCCAGUUCACCCAGCGAUAUCUCGUCGGGUCGUCCGAUAAAUGGUCCCGAAACGGCCCGAUAUUUUUCUACUGCGGGAACGAGGGCGACAUCGACUGGUUCGCUGCCAACACCGGGUUCGUCUGGGAGAUCGCGCCGAAGUUCUCCGCUCUUGUGAUCUUUGCCGAGCAUCGUUAUUAUGGGGAAUCCAUGCCAUAUGGAAGCCAAGAGAGAGCAUAUAAGGAUGCUAAGUCUAUGUCCUAUUUCACUACUGAGCAAGCUCUUGCAGAUUUUACAGUAUUACUCACUGACCUGAAGCAGAACCUGUCAUCUGAAGAAAGUCCGGUUGUGCUAUUUGGAGGCUCUUAUGCUGGAAUGCUGGCUGCAUGGAUGAGGCUGAAAUAUCCACAUGUUGCAAUUGGUGCCCUUGCUUCAUCAGCGCCCAUUCUGCAGUUUGAAGAUAUAGUUCCACCCGAGACUUUCUACGACAUUGUCUCCAAUGAUUUCAGACGUGAAAGUUUGAGCUGCUUUGAAGCAAUUAAGAAGUCCUGGGAUGCACUGGAUAGACUAGGAAAGGUUCAUGAUGGCCUAACAAGUUUGAGCAGAAAGUUCCGCUUGUGCCAUAAACUGAACAAUACGCAACAACUUUCAGAUUGGUUGAGUUCUGCAUAUAGCUACCUGGCCAUGGUCAACUAUCCAUUUCCUUCUGGAUUUAUGAUGCCUUUGCCUGCAUACCCUAUCAAGGAGGUAUGCAAAAGAAUUGACAACGAUCCUAAUGGAAAUGAUCUGUUGGAUCGUAUUUUUGCUGGAGCAAGUAUCUACUAUAAUUAUACAGGAAAUGUUAGCUGCUUUGAUCUGGACGAUGAUCCUCAUGGGCUGAGUGGCUGGGACUGGCAGGCUUGUACAGAGAUGGUCAUGCCAAUGUCCAGCAGUCGAGAAAAUAGCAUGUUUCAGCCUUAUGAUUUUGAUUACACUGCAUAUAAAGAGCAGUGUGUUCAAUCUUAUAAUGUCACACCAAGGCCUCGAUGGAUGACCACUGAAUUUGGCGGCCAUGAUAUUAGGAGGGCAUUGAAAACAUUUGGCAGUAACAUCAUAUUCUCCAAUGGUCUUCUAGAUCCUUGGAGUGGUGGAGGCGUGCUGGCGAACAUCUCAGAGAGUGUCACCGCACUUGUGACAGAACUAGGUGCUCAUCACGUAGAUUUGCGAGCCUCGAGCCCUGAGGAUCCUCAGUGGUUAGUGGAGCUGAGGGAGUCAGAAGUAGAGCUGAUCAAAGGUUGGAUACGUGAUUACUACAAACAGAGAAGGAAAUAUUUCAGCAUGUAGCUAUGUUGCUCAGAGAUGGCCUCUCCGCAGGUAAAACAAAGCCUAUAUUUGACAAAUACUGGAGCAAUGAUUUGCCAAUGAGUCUUGUAGUCUCUUUCCUAUAUUUACUGUAAAGCGCAAGCAGAUAUAAUGACUGUUUGUGCAAAUUAUGUGCAUAAAUCUAAAUGUGGCCUGUCAAGUCGUAAAUUUAUUCAAGUAGACCUGAUAAUGGACAUAAAUCUAAAUUUCAAUUUGCAUAAUAAGUGUAUAUUUAGACAA